AUGGCUGAUGUAGAUAAUCAUCUGCAUCAUGAAUCAAGCCAUUUUAGCUGUCUGUCGGGAGCAGCCUGUGAGUGGAGCCCACUGAGCUGCUGUGUAACAACUGUGUCCCUUCCUGGAGAGCCUGGAAACAUGAGCACAGAACAUAGGAGCAGAGCAGAGCUCACUCUUCCAAACCCACAAGGGCCUUCCAGUGAAUCUGAAAUCGAAAUCUUGGAAGCAUCUCCUAGGGAAAAGCCACUGCCGGAGAAACCCAUCUCACCCCAACCACCGAAGACAUGGCUGACAUUUUUGAAGGAAGAGUUGCAGUUCCUGGGGGUGACACAAAUUCUGAUUGGCUUGAUAUGCCUUUGUUUAGGCAUAACUGUCUGUGCUGUACUUGAUAUUUCGGAUUUUGAAAAAAGAAUAUUUUCAUCAUUUAGAGCAGGCUAUCCAUUCUGGGGAGCCAUAUUGUUUGCUAUUUCUGGAUUGUUGUCAAUCAUAUCCGAAGAGAAAAAGGCAGUGAAUCUGGCCAGAGGCAGCCUGGGAGCAAACGCCGUGAGCAGCAUUGCUGCAGGAAUCGGAAUUGUCAUCCUGAUCCUCAACCUAAGCUACAGCUCAGCUUACAUCAGCCAAUGCGAAGGCCUUCAUGAAGACGACACCUGCUUUGUGGCUUCUUUUACCAUUGAAAUUGUGACAAUGAUGCUGUUUCUUACCAUCCUGGGGUUUUGUAGUGCUGUGUCCCUCACCAUCUAUGGGAUUGGGGAAGAAGUCAAUGGAAAUAAGGUUCCAGAUGAUCGUCUUUAUGAAGAAUUAAACAUUUAUUCACCGAUUUACAGUGAGUUGGAAGAGAAAGGGGAAACAUCUUCUCCAAUUGACUCCUAAGAAUCAUCUUUCAAGGACAUUUUGAUUCACAGUGAAGAGGUUAGAGAGCCCAGGUCUUUCAAUAACCUUUAAGAGGCUGCUGUCAAAAUGUCUAUUCUCUUCAGAGUCUGCCAAAAUUGUAUUACAUUUAUUCUCCAGAAUGGCAAUACUUUAGUUUUGUGGAUUCUAAUCUCCUAUUUCCCCUCUUAUGUAUAGGUAUAUAGAAACUUAGGCAGUAAGUUUCUUGUUUUGUAUUAUAAUC